AUGCUGCAAUAUCUCCAUCAGUUUACAAGUGAAGACGAGCUUCAAAUCAUCAGGAAGAUCUGAAAUCUGUAAAGACUGAGUUUAUUAAAGAGGACAGAGAGAAGAUGAGCGAUCCAGAACCCUGCAGAAUCAAACACACUGAAGAUACUCAAGAACUAACAGAAUUAAAUGAAGAAAUUGAGGAGAAUGUAGAAUUGAAUGAAGUUGAGGAGAAAAAUCAUGUCAAAAGUAGAGAAAAACCUUUGAGUUGCUCUCAAACUAAACAGAAAGAUUUAAAGAAAAGAAGAGCCAAGAAAUCUUUCACCUGCACUCAGUGUGGAAAGAGUUUGACAAGCAAAAGAAAUCUUGAUGUUCACAUGAGAGUUCAUACUGGAGAGAAACCAUUCACUUGUGAUCAGUGCGGGAACAGAUUCACACAAUCAUCAAACCUUAAGAUACACAUGAAGAUCCACACUAAAGAGAAACCACACACAUGUGAUCAGUGCGGCAAAACAUUUUUGAGAGCUUCAAAACUGAAGAAUCACAUGAGAGUUCAUACAAAGGAGAAACCACAUUCAUGUCAUUUGUGUGGAAAGAGCUUUUCAUUACUACAACAUUUGAAAGAGCAUCAGAAAAUACAUACUGGUGUGAGAGAGUACAUGUGCUUUGUGUGUGAAAAGACUUUUACUUCAGCGAGCCAUUUAAAACUGCACGAGAGGAUCCACACUGGAGAGAAACCGUACAAGUGUUCACACUGUGACCAGAGAUUCAAUCAGUCAUCAAGUCUGAAAACACAUGAGAGGAUCCACACUGGAGAGAAACCGUAUCACUGCACUGCAUGUGGGAAGUGUUUCAGUCAAUCAUCUUCUCUACACAGUAAUGCAAAAAACUUUCACAAUAAGUGGAUCAUCUUCAAAUCCAGCACUUUCAGAUCUGAUGCUGUCCUCAACAAAUCCUUAUCAAAUGUAAUUUAUUCCAUGUGUGCUCUUUUAUCUGGUCAUGAACGAUGCCCCAUUCACGAAUGAAUUGCUCUUUUGAGUUGAUUCUGUUCAAGGUCUUGAACAAAGAAACCUGCAAAACGGUGUGCAUUUGUUCACAGAUCAGUUUGAAUGAUUUGAUCAGUUCCCUGCAUGCACUGAAUCGUCUGAAGGGGUUUCUCAUUCAUACCUGGAAAUUUAAGAACAGGAAGAACAUAAAGACCUUCGGACAAUUGAAGCCAAAUCUGCAAAUUCAGCUGUUGGCCUGCGCUGAGGAUCUUUAUUAGCUGAACACCAUAUGUGUCAUCGGUGAACGAUAACACAGGAAUUAGAUUAGAUUAGAUUCAACUUUAUUGUCAUUGCACAUGUAAGGCACAAGGCAACGAAAUGCAGUUAGCAUCUAACCAGAAGUGCAACAAGCAGUAAGUACAGGAUAUACAGUGUCUACA